AUGACCACCAUACCAGAUCACCCAUCCCUUGCCCGGAUCCCCCCAGGGUACAGGACAAAGCUGAGCCCCAAAGCGGUCGAUAUCAUUGCGAGAGUAUACGAUUGGGUCGAAAAUGAAUGCAUUCCGGCAGAUCACAUUGUCAAGGCGCAACUGGAAGAAAAUCGUUGGGCAAUGCCGCCCUACAUCAAGAAAUUGAGAAAGAAGGCAAAAGCCGAAGGAUUGUUCAAUCUCUUCCUACCGAACCACUUCAAAGAGAGCCCCGGACUCACGAUCCUGGAGUAUUCGUGCUGCUGUGAGCUUCUUGGGCGAGUUUACUGGGCUCCUAUGACGCUCAACUGCCAUGCUCCGGAUACCGGUAACAUUGAGCUUUUGGCCAAAUACUGCACUGAAGAGCAGAAGAAGAAGUGGAUGCAGCCUCUUCUGGACGGAGAGUGCUUGUCAGCCUACUCGAUGACAGAGCCGGAUGUUGCUGCCUCGGAUGCAACAAACAUUUCGUGCCGCAUUCGACGCGAAGGGAACGAGUACGUGAUAAACGGCCGGAAGUUGUAUGGGAACUGGCUUGGGAAUGAGGAUGUCAAGUUCUACAUCCUCAUGGGAUGCUCCGAUCCAGAAAAUCCUGAUCCUUGGAAGCGGCACUCGACGGUGAUUGUGCCCAGGGACGCUCCGGGGUUGAAGGCGGUUCGAUACAUGACGAUUAUGGGCUACGACUGUGCUCCAGAGGGCCACGGUGAGUAUGUGUAUGAGAACGUGAGGGUCCCGGUCGAAAACAUCAUUCUGGGAGAGGGCCGGGCGUUUGAGAUCGCUCAAGGUCGAUUGGGCCCAGGAAGGAUACACCAUUGCAUGCGACUGCUUGGUCAAGCUGAGCGCGCAUAUGAACAUGCACUCAUCAGAGCUACGGAUGCGAGAAAGAAGCCCCGCGGUAGGUUGAUUGGUGAGUUCGACAGUAAUAUCGAGCGGCUUGCGGACAUGCGAAUGGAGAUCGACGCUCUGCGCCUAGUUGUCCUCAACGCCGCAGAGACCAUGGAUCUUCUGGGCAAUGUCGCUGGGAGAUAUGCCAUUGCCCAGGCGAAGAUUAUGGUGCCUCUGGGAGUGACCAAGAUCGUGGAUGAGUGCAUGCAAAUGUUCGCCGGGCAAGGACUCACGCAGCACACAUUCCUCCCCGAAGCUUGGACGUACGCCAGAUUCGCUCGGAUCGCCGACGGACCAGACGCUGCACACAAGCACCAAGUCGGGCGAGAUCAGCUGAAGACUGCAGCUGCGGUCAGGUCGAAACAUCUCGGGUACAAGAAGAGAUACCAUGAACUGGCAAAGGAGUGGGGGAUACCUGCGACAGAACGGUUUGAGUAUGUUGCACGGAUCGAGAAGUUGUGA